AUGAGUGGUGUUCAAAACCAGUGGAAUUAACUCUGCCGGCUGUAAAACCUUCAGGUGCAUCAUGUGGGCACGGGUGGGUCUCGUGGGUUCAGUGGCCCUCGGGUCAGUGUUCUGGUUUCAAAAGAAUAAAACUGAAGCCUCUCCAUAUGAGCUCAAAUUAAUUCAGGUUUUAUUCCGACAUGGAGCGAGGACGCCACUGAAAUCCAUACCAGAUGUUUUGGAGGCACAAUGGUCCCCUGAGCUACUUGAAGCGCCUGCGCACACAAAAAUAGACUAUAUGGUUACAGACCUGGAGGGCGGGCCCAGACCACCAGCUCCUGUGGAGGACAGCUACAGAGCCAAAAUAUUGACAGGUGGAACUUAUCCAGGUCAGCUGACCACAAUAGGCAUGCAGCAGCUGUAUGAUCUGGGAGUGAGGUUACGAAAGAAAUACAUCCAGGAGGAGCCCUUUCUUACGCCUACUUUCAACCCUAAAGAAGUAUACAUUCGCUCUACCAACAUUGUACGCACCAUUGAGUCAGCUAAGUGUUUGGUGGCUGGAUUGUUUCAACAGGAGCAGGCAGGUGUUGUGUCCAUCCUCACCGAUAAGGCUGAGAAGGAAGUCCUCUAUCCCAACUAUCAUGGAUGCAAGCUGCUCAAGAUGCUCAUCGGCAAUCGUUGGGCAGAAUCAUCCACACUUCCUGACAUUGCUGCAGACCUGCAGAACAUCCAGGACGAUUUGGGUGUGGAUGCUCAACAGCGUCUCGACUUCAUCCUCAUCCGAGAUGACAUGGUGGCCAGAGAGACCCAUGGCCUGCCACUUCCUACAGUUCUGGAGCAGUGGAGAAGUACCAUAGAGCAGAGAGCAGUCGAUAUGAUAUACCACAUCUAUGAGCCCAGUAAAAGGCAGAAUUUGCAGAUGUGCGUGGGUCCACUAUUGAACAUGCUCGUAACCAACAUGGAGGACAAAAUACAAAGCUCCCCCUCUAAACAAGACAGAAAGCUGUUCCUGUACUCUGUGCACGACACCACUCUGAUGCCAUGUCUGAUGGCUUUGGGGGUUUUUGACAUGAAGUGGCCACCGUAUGCAGCUGACAUCACACUGGAGCUUUACCAGCACCGGCAAACUAACCAGCACUAUGUAAAAGUCUCUUACAUUGACCAGGACCAAAAAAUCCCAGGCUGCAGUAACAUCUACUGCCCAAUAGAUGAGUUUAAGGCGGCAAUGGCUGUUCAUUCUCUACCUGACGACCGUUACUAUGCGCUCUGUGAAAGUGCAGAUGACAAGCGCAAACUCUGAUCUUCCAACAGCUCUCAACUCCCAGAAAACCAAGAUUUUUUGGAUUUGUCUGGGCUAAAAAACCUGGAGCUUUGGUCUCUUUUACAUGGACUCAAAUGUUUAUAUUCACAUAGACCAGUAUUAUGGAUGAUGAAUGAAUGAAACAAACAGGAAAAUGAUGUUUAUCACAGGUUGAUGACAUUGACACGUCAUAAUAUUGAGCAUACAUUUUAUGAGCCAAAAUAUUAAUAGUGUGUGUGAAUUUAUUCAAAAGGGAGGUAGUUUGUAACAUUUUUAUUAGGUGCCUUCAUUUUUUUCAGUGUCAGUCAUCUGAAACUGCUCCAGAAUUUUGCUGCAAACUCAUUUUUAAUAAUGACAUUUGAUGUUUAAGCAUCUGAUUAAGCGCUGAUAAUGGUAAUAUGCAAGUUAAACUGGUGAACACUUUCUUACAUGUUCACUACCACUAUGCAUAUUAAAUUAUACACAAUUAAAAAGAAAUGUUUUAAACGUUA